GCGACGACCUCCAAACAACCUUUUGGGGUCUCGCUCGCCAUGUCUCGCUUGUUCCGCUUUGGAAUUUCACGUUGACGGCGCAGUCGGCGGGAGCAGAGACCGAGGCAGCGGCGGCGGCAGAGGCAGCGACCGACUCGGGGCGAAAAUAAAAGCGUUAACCGCUCUCCUCCAGUGCAGCAGCAGCAGCGGACCCAGCCAGUAGCCAGCAGCUAAUCACCACAUCCCAGAUUCAGUUUCCAGUUCGAACUACACUCGAAUCUCAAAAAUGACCACCUACUUCAACUACCCCAGCAAGGAGCUGCAGGAUGAGCUGAGGACCAUCGCCCAGAAGAUUGUGGCCCCCGGCAAGGGAAUCCUCGCCGCCGACGAGUCCGGCCCCACCAUGGGCAAGCGCCUGCAGGAUAUCGGCGUGGAGAACACCGAGGACAACCGCCGCGCCUACCGUCAGCUGUUGUUCACCACCGACCCCAAGCUGGCCGAGAACAUCUCCGGCGUGAUCCUGUUCCACGAGACCCUCUACCAGAAGGCCGACGAUGGCACCCCCUUCGCCGACAUCCUGAAGAAGAAGGGCAUCAUUCUGGGCAUCAAGGUCGACAAGGGUGUCGUGCCACUGUUCGGCUCCGAGGAUGAGGUGACCACCCAGGGUCUGGAUGACCUGGCCGCCCGCUGCGCCCAGUACAAGAAGGACGGCUGCGACUUCGCCAAGUGGCGUUGCGUCCUGAAGAUCGGCAAGAACACCCCAUCCUACCAGUCGAUCCUGGAGAACGCCAACGUGCUGGCCCGCUACGCCUCCAUCUGCCAAUCGCAGCGCAUCGUGCCCAUUGUGGAGCCCGAGGUGCUGCCCGAUGGCGACCACGACCUGGACCGCGCCCAGAAGGUCACCGAGACCGUCCUGGCCGCCGUCUACAAGGCCCUGAGCGACCACCACGUCUACCUGGAGGGUACUCUGCUGAAGCCCAACAUGGUCACCGCCGGACAGUCGGCCAAGAAGAACACCCCCGAGGAGAUCGCCCUGGCCACCGUGCAGGCUCUGCGCCGCACCGUCCCAGCCGCCGUCACUGGCGUGACCUUCCUGUCCGGAGGUCAGUCCGAGGAGGAGGCCACCGUCAACCUGAGCGCCAUCAACCAGGUUCCCCUGAUCCGCCCAUGGGCCCUGACCUUCUCCUACGGCCGCGCCCUGCAGGCCUCCGUCCUGCGCGCCUGGGGUGGCAAGAAGGAGAACAUCGCCGCCGGCCAGAACGAGCUGCUCAAGCGCGCCAAGGCCAACGGAGAUGCCGCUCAGGGCAAGUAUAUCGCCGGAAGUGCUGGCGCCGGAUCCGGAUCCCUGUUCGUGGCCAACCACGCCUACUAAGGCGCUUGGUUUAGGAUGGACCUUGUCUUCACACAAUAACAAACGCAACCCCAUACAACUAACUACGAAGCAGAUUGCUGGAAUCGUUUGGCAGUUUUGUUUAUUUUUAUCUUAGUCUCAAGAGCUAAGCAAAGCAAGCAUUGAAAAAUCCAAAAAAAAAAAAAAUGAGAACACGAAUGAUUACAUUUUGAAAACAUGUUAUAUAUAUGUAGUACGUCACAUGUUUGCAAAUUGAUUAUAUGAUAAAAAUAUUUAAGAGAACUACUAAUUGAUGAAUGCAGAAGAAAGGAACGAUCAUGUUCGAUGGAGAAGCAAUUUUAUCUUUAGUUUUAAGCACAUGAACCUAUUAUUGUUGAAGUUAUGAAUUUUCUAUUAUAUUAUCUAUGAUUAUGAAAGAUUUCAAUGUGAACAAGCAAAAAGUGUCGUAAAUCGUUAAGUUAAACAAACAUUUAAUAGUGAAAACAACAGCAAAACACUAUCAGCAACAUCAAAAUGUUAAAGUCUUGAGACAUUGAAAUCGCACAACGUUUUAUGAAAUUUUUUAAAGUUUUAUAAAAAAAAAUCUAUGAAAACCGAUGUUUUACCAUUAUUAUUACUAUUAAACUUUAUAUUUAUGAUUUAUAAGUAUAAGUGAAAAAAUGACGCAAAUAAACAGAACACAUUACAAUAAACCCGAAAAGCCCCCAAAACAACUCUAUUAACCAUAUAUACUUCUAUAUACACUGUUAAAAAGAUUAUGUUGUUAAAAACUUAUGAAAAGAAGGAUUAUGCAGCUGAACUUCAGCGUCCAUUGGCUGCCAUUGGCUGUGCAGGGGCACAGGCUUGUUACCCGAUUUUUCCAUCUCACAUCCUCUGUCGAAAUCCGAUAGAUGGUAACAAGUGCAGCAUAACGUUAUCACAAAACAUAUUUACUCGCUAAACACAUAUUUAUCAAGCAUGUUUUAUUUUAUCUGUUAUUCAAGUUGCAAGUUCUGCAUAUCGUUGUUAAUCGCAUACCUAUUUGAAGUGCAAUGUGAACAUGUUACAGACACAAAGGAAGGUUAUUUAGUACUAACCGGAAGGAUUAAGCUUAACAUAGUUUAUUGUGAAAUAAAAAUGAAAAGUCACCUCCACAAACAGCAACAACAACCAGCUGUACAACCAUUAUACAAGAAAUAAAAAACAACAAAAAAAUAACAUCAGCAUAAAAGGGUGUUGAAAUAACAUCUUUCAAUAAAGAACCUAAAGAGCAAAAGAA